AUGUCAGCAGCAGCAGCAUCAACAGAGAAUCUAGAAAGUGAACAAGUGGAUAUUGAAGCGAAGAAAUUGCAGAAAGCUGUUCGUAACACGGCUAUUCAAAUGGGCUGUUGGACAGCUGUAGAUGACUAUCUAUUGAUAACAAGCAUCUUACAUCUGUGUGAUUUGGAACGAGUUCAUGAACGAGUGAAGUUUUCCAUGCCAUUUACACUAGAGAAUAUUCAAGAUCGGUGGCGAUGUUUAUUAUAUGAUUCAUCCAUAUCGAAUAUGAUUAUCAAGAAGAUUCAACAUCUUUCCAUGUCACAAAUUGCCAAUUUACAUGUCCCAUUGAGUGAGGAAGAAGAACGAUUGGUAGCAUCGAUUCCAUCGCAUAUUAUUCCAAUUGCACUUGACGACGAACUUGAUCGAUGUCUAAGUAAAUAUUCGAAACGUUUUUGGUCAAAUCGUACAAUUGACGAAUUACGUGAAUGCUGGUUCCAUUUGCGACAGCAAGGUCGCCUUACCGACCAACCCAAUGCAUUUGAUUCCAAACGAGUCGAAACCAUUCAAGAGAGUCGAGCGGCGAACAAAUUAAGUGAAUUAUUAAUACCGGUAGAAUUUGAAUUAUUAACUCGUAACAAAGAGGAAUUUCUUGACAAAACCGACUUUCCUCAUGCUUUGUUUCAAGUUAAUGAUCGUCUCUAUUGCAUGUAUUCUGAGCAGCUAACAUUCGGGACCAGUUUUCCCAAUGAGAAAUUCGAUAUCUCAGUCGUCAAUUCUACCACAAUCCAUAUCAAAGGCUUUAUUCUUCGCAGAUCCGGUGCGUUCUAUAUUAUCAACAAUGGUGAUAAUCCUUUUCGUGUCAACGACGCUCUACUCAAUCCAAAUGAAGCAAGUCCAUUAGGUACUCGAGCUAUUAUCAAUAUACUUGAACACGUCUUAGUCUUCCAAGCCAUGGAUCUGUCGUAA